GCAUUCAGCGCGCCGCGCGCAGUGCGAAACCGGCGGUGCGGUGCUCGCGACACGCUCUCCACUCGCCUCAGCUUGACUUGACUUUCACGCGAGUUAGAAAAGUGAAAGGCUCGCCGUCGUCGUCGCCGUCGACAUGGCGAACUUCAGAACCGUCUACGCGUUCGCACGCGAAAUGCAUCCGAAGACCGAGAAGGCUGACGUUGAGUAUGGCACAGCUGGAUUCCGCCUCAAGGCUAGCAAGCUGGGAUAUGUGAUGUAUCGUAUGGGGUUAUUGGCUGUACUUAGAGCCAGACAUCUCAAAGCAACGGUUGGAGUGAUGAUAACAGCGUCGCAUAACCCCGAACCUGAUAACGGCGUUAAACUGGUCGAUCCCGCCGGGGAAAUGCUGGAACAAAGCUGGGAGGCAUGGGCGACUAGAUUUGCCAAUGUUGAUGAUGAUAAACUUGAAGAUCUCAUGCGUGAAAUUGUCAAGGAGUAUGAUAUUGACAUGAACAACCGAGUGGAAGUCUACGUUGGUAAGGAUACACGACCGUCGAGUCCAUCCCUGGCCAAAUCGCUAAUGGAUGGCGUACUCGCCAUUUCCGGCAAACCUAUCGAUUUCGGCAUCGUCACAACGCCCCAAUUGCACUAUUUCGUCAAGUGUCGAAACGACCGCACAUACGGAACACCCACCGAGGAGGGAUACUACACGAAAUUGAUCACGGCGUUCAAAAAACUGCGCGGUGAUGAAUAUUCGAAGGGAAAUUAUGAAAACACACUGUAUUACGAUGGGGCGAAUGGUGUCGGCGCGAAGAAGAUCAAGUUCUUCCAGGAACGCAUCGGCGAGCCUUUAGUCAUACGGAAUUACAAUGAUGAAAUUAUUGGUUCAGGCAAACUUAACUACAUGUGUGGUGCUGAUUAUGUAAAAACACAACAAAAGUUCCCCAAUGGUCUGCCGAGCGUUGCAAACGCGCGUUGCGUGUCUGUGGACGGUGACGCGGACCGAAUUGUUUACUAUUAUCAGGACGACGGUGAGAAGUUCCAUCUGAUGGACGGCGAUCGGAUAGCGACACUCUUUGCUGCCUACAUUAAGGAAUUACUGGGUGAAACUGGAAUUGAUCUCAACCUAGGUUUAGUGCAAACGGCGUACGCCAAUGCUGGAUCAACGAAGUAUAUCACCGAGAAACUUAAAGUGCCUGUUGAAUGCGCGGAGACGGGUGUCAAACAUUUGCAUCACAAAGCGAUGGAAUUUGAUAUCGGCGUGUACUUCGAGGCGAACGGUCACGGCACGGUGGUGUUCAGCGCGCGGGCGAAGAGCGCGCUCAAGGACGCGCUAGAAAACAAUAGCAGUUUGACUGAUAAUCAAAAGAAAGCGACGACGCGACUGCUGGCGCUCAUUGACCUCAUCAACGAGACUGUUGGUGACGCCAUCUCUGAUUUAUUGGUCGUGGAAACUAUUCUGCAUGAUAAAGGAUGGUCCAUUCAAGACUGGGAGAAGUCUUAUCAGGAUCUACCUUACCGACUUUUGAAAGUAUCCGUAGAGGAUCGAAAUGCCAUUACAACUACAGAUGCAGCCCGCACCUGCCUAACCCCUAACGGCCUGCAGGAAGAGAUAACAAAGUUGGUAAAUAAAUACAAACAUGGCCGCGCGUUCGUUCGGCCUUCGGGAACCGAAGACGUAGUUCGUGUCUAUGCCGAAGCAGCGUCACACUCCGAAGUUGACCGACUCGCCGCUGAGGUGGCGCGCAAGGUGUACGAAUUAGCGAACGGGAUUGGUCCGCAACCAGAAAUACCAGCGUAAACACUGCCCAAAUCAUACAUUACUAACCCAAUCUAAUAAAAUCAAACUUCAUUAUGUUUUUGGACAAUUUUGGGGAUUUACAACUUUGAUAUGACGGUAAAAAUCACGCACACUCGGCGCAUACACAUCCACAUCAUUUUUAUUGCAAUUAAUGCAUUUGCCAAUUACGUUUAAGAUUUAAUCAUGCAUAACUUGAUUUUGAAUCAUGUUUUACUUGCCAUUCCUUUUAAUUAACGGACCAACGAAGUUGUAAUUCACUGCGGCGUCGUUUUCGAAGUAAACAAUAAGUUAAUCAUUGGGUUUCCGGGAGAAUUAACUUUGGCUAGAAUCGCAUACAGUCAGGUAUAUAAAUAUUUAAAAAUAUUUACUAGGAGGAAAAGUCUGAGGGCUAAAGUUUAAUCAAACAAGAAAAGACUUUAAAUGAUUAGAUUUCUAGCAGAGACAGCGGAUAAUUGUAUAUUGUUGUGCAAUCGUAUUGUUUUAUACAUUUUAUCUUUAUUAAUAUGUUUUUUUAAUAUCUGAAUUUUGAAUUAUAACUACUAGAUAGCUUUUUAAUAACACCUCUUUUUGGAAUUGAAUUGAAACUGAUAAUAAAACUAUAAAAUGUU